AUGUCUAUUUUAGCUUAUAAUGGAGGCGCGGUGGUUGCCAUGAAAGGCCAAGAUUGUGUGGCCAUAGCCACCGACAAACGGUAUGGUAUACAGGCGCAAACUAUAUCCACUAAUUUCCCGAAAGUCUAUCGGAUGGGGCCCACGCUAUAUGUUGGCCUUCCUGGCCUCGCGUCCGACACACAAACCGUUUUUCAGAGGCUUAAAUUCAGAAUGAAUUUAUAUGAAUUAAAAGAGAAUAGAAUUAUGAGACCGAAAACAUUUUCCGCUAUGUUAUCCAACCUGCUAUAUGAAAAGCGUUUUGGACCUUACUUUAUAGAGCCAGUCAUUGCCGGUUUGGACCCUAUUGAUAAUCAACCUUAUGUGUGUAACAUGGACUUGAUUGGGUGUCCGAAUGAACCUGAAGAUUUUGUAGCGCUGGUGAAUGCUGCUGAUCGUGAUGCAAUCUCUGGGUGGGGUGCAGUUGUGUACAUCAUUGAAAAGGACAAGAUUACUGAGAAACAUGUAAAGACGAGGAUGGAC